CUGAUUAUGUCACGCGGCAUUUCCAUGCCAUUCGCGCACUAUGUCAUGCACCUUGACCUAUAGAUGGGGGUUGAGUCGUCACGUCGUCGCUUUUCGUUUGUAGCGUCCAUCUGUCAAAGCAUCAUCGGCGCGGUCAUUACUAAUAUUCAGUCGAGAGUAAAGUAACGUUUGGUGCCUUUUCUCAUUGGCUUCUUUGGGUUAUUGGAUACAACUGGUCGCCAGAACGCAUACAGCGACUAUUUUUGGCUGACGAGUGCCACAACGCAUCACUUUAGCCAGGAUGGAGUUAAUGUUGGACACCGCUAAGAGCCAGGGCCAGAGCCAGGGGGGUCAGACUGUCUCCCCUCCCUCAAUCUUCCCCUAUCGUUUCACCUCGGACGGGCGUCUGUGUCACCGGGUCACCCAGGAGCCGUUCAUGUUCCAGCGGAGCUGUGACCCAGACGCCACCCAGAGAGAGGACCAGGCCUUAUGUCUCCACGUCACCCAACACGUUCACUCUCUCCUGGAGGAGCAGCUGCACCUCUUCAGGCUCUACCUCCCUCCUCCACCCCUCAGCAAGGAGCUCUACCUCCCUCCUCCUCUCAGCAAGGAGCUCUACCUCCCUCCUCCUCCUCUCAGCAAGGAGCUCUACCUCCCAUCCCUCAGCAAGGAGCUCUACCUCCCUCCUCCAUCUCUCAGCAAGGGGGUCUACCUCCCUCCUCCACCAGAGCCUCAGGGGGACCAAAGGGUCUACUUUAGCCCCCACCGAGGAGCCCCCAGCCAGGGCUAUGUGUACCUCUCCCCUGGGGCCCUGGAGAGCCCUGCCACCCUGUUGGUGGUGGUCCAGGACCGGGGAACGAUGCGCUGCGGGCUGUGGAGCUGGAGGGCUGCUGCCAGCCGAGGUCUGGAAAGAGGCAGCAUGAUCCCCUACGUGAAGAGGGUCCUAGAAGAGGGCAGCUCUGUCCUCCUGAUGAACCCCAACCAGGGAGGAGGUGUUGGGGAGACUCCGGAGGAGCACGUUCACCGCGUCUGGGACCUCCUGGUGUCGCGCUGCGUCUCCCGGCGUGUCGUCGUGGUAGCGCACGGUUACGGAGGCCUGGCGUUCGUGGACCUGCUGUGCCGACGCCCACAACAAGUGGUGGGGCAGGUGUGGGCGGCGGCCUUCCUGGACUCCUCCCACAGCCUGUGGCACCAGCAGUUGGACGCGGUGGGCCGG